GGCGAAAGUGUGCCGCGUAUAUAAGACCAGGAACCGACGGCAAUCAGCAUCCAGUUCACUCCUGGACGCACCCGGAACAUCGCGACAGCAAAAAUGAGAAUCCUGAUUUGCGUGGCAGUUGCCGCCCUCGUGGUUACGACAGUAUUGUCGGAGGAGACCGCGAAAGUCGAGAAGUCAGUGGAAGCGAAGUCCGGAGGCGAGAAGAAGCAAGAGAAGCGCGGGCUAUUAGGUCUUGGUUACGGUUACAGCUAUGACGGUGGAUACGAUAUUGGAUCUGGUGGACAUGUCGGCCUCGAUCUGGGCGGUGCAUACGGUGGAUACGGCGGUGGAUAUAUCGGCGGUCACGACCACGUAAAGACCGUGACCGUAGUGAAGAACGUCGCCGUGCCAUACCCCGUGGAGAAACACGUGCCCUACCCGGUAGAGAAGCACGUGCCUUAUCCAGUCAAAGUGCCCGUACCGCAACCGUACCCGGUUGAGAAGCACGUGCCUUAUCCAGUCAAGGUCUUCGUGAAGGUGCCCGUUCACGUACCCCAGCCGUAUCCAGUGGAAAAGAAGGUUCCCUAUCCGGUUCACGUACCGGUCGAUCGUCCUUACCCCGUCAAGGUUUUAGUACCGCAACCUUAUCCCGUAGAGAAACACAUUCAUGUCCCAGUAAAAGUACCAGUACCGCAGCCCUAUCCCGUCGAGAAACCAGUCCCAGUACCAGUGAAAGUUCCGGUCCACAUACCUCAACCUUACCCGGUCGAGAAGCUCGUACCUUACCCAGUUAAAGUUCCAGUCGAUCGUCCUGUUCACAUACCCGUUCCCAAGCCCUACCCCGUGCAUAUCGAGAAGCACGUACCUUAUCCAGUCGAGAAGCCGGUACCCUACCCCGUGAAGGUUCCAGUUGACAGGCCGUACCCCGUUCAUGUCGAAAGGCCCGUGCCAGUUCCGGUUAAGGUGCCAGUACCGCAACCGUAUCCAGUCGAGAAGCCAGUGCCUUACCCGGUCGAAAGACCUGUGCCGGUAGCAGUCAAGGUCCCGGUCGACAGGCCGUACCCCGUUCACGUCGAAAAGCCCGUGCCUUACCCGGUAGAGAAGCCCGUGCCUUACCCGGUUAAAGUGCCGGUAGCUGUGCCGGUGCACCACGAACAUCACGGACACGAAAGCUAUAUCUCCGGUGGAUACGGCGGUGGAUACGAGGGUGGCGAUGUAGGCUACGGUAGCUACGGUAGCUACGGUAGCUACGGUGGCUACGGUCACCACUAAUAUCACAAUUCCCGGUUCGUUCUUUGUCGUCGUUGUAUGAGAAACUCUCCACCGCGCGCGACGACGGAUAACCGCGAGGAUCUUGUCUUAGUAUACGAAGAACCGAUUCGAAACGUUGCCGUGCGACGCAGCGAUAUCCGCCACUUUGUACCUGGAUCGGAUCGGGGACAAUCUCCGGUAGACGAUCGCGUAUCGGUCCAUUGUACUCCGAUUUCGAUGAUAAUCGCAACGAAGGCGCGGCACGGCAACGUGUGCCAGGAAGAACGAAUGACCAAUAGGAAUGUACUCGUCUUUAGCGAUCUUUGCUCGAGAGCAGCUCGCUUGUCUUACUUUUAUACCGAUAUUAGCAAAGUAUGUAUUUUUUUACAGAAAAUGAAAUAAAUAUUAUUGUAAAGUA